AUGGUUAAGGGAGGUGUCGCAUUACUGGCCUUUGCUGGCCCAGCUCUGGCAGGAGUCAUUGCUCGCGGUGGAGAGCCUGAUGUCAAAACCGUCGUCGGCCCCAACUUCCCUGUGGGUACUGGCACGGCCCCGCCUCCCCCUCCUAUCCAGUUUCCUACUGGUACUGCGCCUCAGCCCAAGCCUACCACCAGCCAUGGGACUGCUCCUAUUAAGCCUACCACCAGCCAUGGGACUGCUCCUAUUAAGCCUACCACCAGCCAUGGGACUGCUCCUAUUAAGCCUACCACCAGCCAUGGGACGGCUCCUAUUAAGCCUACCACCAGUCAUGGUACGGCUCCUAUCAAGCCUACCACUAGUCAUGGUACGGCUCCUAUCAAGCCUACCACUAGUCAUGGUACGGCUCCUAUCAAGCCUACCACUAGUCAUGGUACGGCCCCUAUCAAGCCGACUACUAGUCAUGGAACGGCCCCUAUCAAGCCGACCACCAGUCAUGGUACUGCUCCUAUCAAGCCGACCACCAGUCAUGGUACGGCUCCUAUCAAGCCUACCACUAGUCAUGGUACGGCUCCUAUCAAGCCUACCACUAGUCAUGGUACGGCCCCUAUCAAGCCGACUACUAGUCAUGGAACGGCCCCUAUCAAGCCGACCACCAGUCAUGGUACUGCUCCUAUCAAGCCGACCACCAGUCAUGGUACGGCUCCUAUCAAGCCUACCACUAGUCAUGGUACGGCCCCUAUCAAGCCGACCACCAGUCAUGGUACUGCUCCUAUCAAGCCGACCACCAGUCAUGGUACGGCUCCUAUCCAGCCCACCACCAGUCAUGGAACGGCUCCUAUCCAGCCCACCACCAGUCAUGGAACGGCUCCUAUCCAGCCCACCACCAGUCAUGGUACCGCUCCUAUCAAGCCGGUCACUACUGAAACUACUGUCGGCCCCAUUCCCACUAACGGCACAACGGUGAUCCCACCUGCAACCGUUACUACCCAUACGCCUGUACCAAUCCAGAACAGCACCGUUAUUCCCACUCAGUCCACUCAGCCGCCAUUCCAGAACACCACGGUUCCUGUUGUUCCUAUUGUUCCUGGCGAGAGCACUGUCCCUGCUGUUCCUGGCGAGAGCACUGUCCCUGCUGUUCCUGGCGAGACCAGUGUCCCCGUUGUUCCUGGCGAGAGCACUGUUCCUGCUGUUCCUGGUGAGACCAGUGUCCCCGUUGUUCCCGGCGAGAGCACUGUUCCUGCUGUUCCUGGUGAGACCAGUGUCCCCGUUGUUCCCGGCGAGAGCACUGUUCCUGCUGUUCCUGGUGAGACCAGUGUCCCCGUUGUUCCCGGCGAGAGCACUGUUCCUGCUGUUCCUGGUGAGACCAGUGUCCCCGUUGUUCCUGGCGAGAGCACUGUUCCUGCUGUUCCUGGUGAGACCAGUGUCCCCGUUGUUCCCGGCGAGAGCACUGUUCCUGCUGUUCCUGGUGAGACCAGUGUCCCCGUUGUUCCCGGCGAGAGCACUGUUCCUGCUGUUCCUGGUGAGACCAGUGUCCCCGUUGUUCCCGGCGAGAGCACUGUUCCUGCUGUUCCUGGUGAGACCAGUGUGCCCGUUGUUCCCGGCGAGAGCACUGUUCCUGCUGUUCCUGGUGAGACCAGUGUGCCCGUUGUUCCCGGCGAGAGCACUGUUCCUGCUGUUCCUGGUGAGACCAGUGUCCCCGUUGUUCCCGGCGAGAGCACUGUUCCUGCUGUUCCUGGUGAGACCAGUGUGCCCGUUGUUCCCGGCGAGAGCACUGUUCCUGCUGUUCCUGGUGAGACCAGUGUGCCUGCUGUUCCUGGCCAGUCUACCGUCCCCGCUGUUCCUGGUGUUUCGACAAGUGCUGUUCCUGGCGAGACCAGCGUCCCUGGAGUUUCUACCAGUGGCGUUCCCGGCGAGACUAGCGUCCCUGGAGCCUCUACGAGCGUCGUCCCUGGUGAGACUGCUGUCCCUGGAGCCUCCACGAGCGUUGUCCCUGGUGAGACCACUGUUCCCGGUGCUUCCAGCGUUGUACCUGGUGCUUCCGGCGAGACGUCCGUGCCUGGAGAGACUGCUGUGCCUGGAGAGACUGCUGUGCCCGGCGAGACUGCUGUGCCCGGCGAGACUGCUGUGCCCGGCACCUCGGCUGCUCCUGGAGAAUCUACUGCCACUGGUGUCUCGCCCGUCACCCCUGAACAAACCGCUGCCACUGGUGUCUCGCCCGUCUCUCCUGGAGAGACCGCCACCGGCGUUUCUCCCGUCAGCCCCGAAGAGACUACCGCUACUGGCGUUUCUCCCGUCAGCCCCGAGGAGACCACCGCCACUGGUGUCUCCCCAGUUAGCCCCGAAGAGACUACCGGCGCGACCGGCGUCUCCCCCGUCACUCCUGGAGAGACCGCUGCCACCGGCGUUUCUCCCGUUACACCCGGCGAGACCACCGGCGCAACUGGCGUCUCCCCCGUCACUCCCGGUGAAACCACCGGUGUCUCUCCCGUUACCCCCGGCGAGACCACCGGCGCGACGGGUGUCUCCCCAGCCUUCACUGGCGCCGCCUCCUCAAACAUGCAGCCCGCGGCUGGCUUCCUGGCGGCCGUCAUGGGUGUCAUGGCUCUCCUCUAA